AUGGGUUGUGGAGAGAGAUGUAUGCUGAUUUCAUUUUAUAUCAUCACCUUUGGCUUUAUGGUCCUUGGAGCAGCUUUACUUGGGCUGGGUAUUUAUAUUCGGACUAAUGGAAAUGGUUUAGAUAUUGUUGUCGAUACAUCAUGGCAUACUGCAGCAUAUAUCAUGAUCGCAAUUGGCGUAAUGGUCUUCUUAAUUUCACUACUGGGAUGUUUAGGAGCAGUAAGGAAGAGCACAUGUUUACUUGGCACGUAUCUUAGCUGUAUGAUUGCUAUAUUCAUCGUGGAAUUAGCAGGAGCCAUUUAUGCUGGUAUUAAUCGCACUGCAGUUGAAAGCACCAUCAGAAAUAAAUUUAGCACGGAAGUUAAAGAUUCAUACGGACAACCUCAAAAAAAUGCUAUUACAACAGGAAUCGAUCAAAUCCAAACACUGUUCCAAUGCUGUGGAAUAGAUUCGCCUUUUAACUGGACCAAUUCGAAAUGGUCGAACAGCAAGCCAGUAGGGAAUUAUGGUCCUCCCGUUCCAGAUUCUUGCUGUAAAAUGGAAAUGCCAAACUGUGGUACUAAUCCAGCUAAUCAUUAUAAUGAAACCAUAUUCACAGAAGCAAUCUAUCAACAGGGGUGCUAUAUCAAAAUUCGCGAUUUAAUCUCUAAUAAUAUAGCCAUCGCAAUCGCUAUUUUAGCAACAUUUGGCUGCCUGCAGAUAGUUGGCCUCCUAAUAGCGAGGUUGCUCUAUAGUACUCUCGGUUAUGAGUAUGGUUAUGAGAUUUAA